UUGGCUUACAAGAGUAGUGGGCAAGAUCUAAAGAAGAUUGCAUUCAAGGAGCAAAGCUGGCUCGGGUUGAUAACCAUAGAAGUCUUCUCAGCGGAUUACGCUCAGAAGCACUUGCUUGAGAAGCUGGAGAAGGAAAUCAAGGCCCAUCCUGAGAAAUAUUCGUCGAAAAAUAAGGACAAGUCUGAUACCGAAGAUUGCAUGUUGAAUUCAGUGAAUCUCGUCAAACUGAUCAAGUCGGAGAUCGCUUCUACAGACAAAGAUUUGAUCAAAGAGGCUUUAAGUCGCCGUUCUACCUCGGGUACUACGGCGUUGUUGGUGCUGCAGAAUGAAGAGUUUCUGGUUGUCGGGAACGUUGGGGAUUCCAGAGGUGUGAUGUGUUGUAACAACAGUGACGGGUCUAUGACUUCCAUCCCGCUUUCCUACGACCACAAACCGGACCAAUUGAAAGAGAAGAAACGGAUCGAAGAGGCUGGUGGAUGGGUGCUUUUCAAUGGGGUAUGGCGGGUAUUGGGUAUCUUGGCGGUUUCCAGAGCCAUGGGAGACACGCUUUUCAAGGACAGGAAUUUGGUCAUCAGUGACCCUGACGUGCUGUGCUUUCCCUUGCGGGGGUCCUCGGAUCCCAAGUUCUAUAUUUUGGACAAUGUCAGUGUGUUGAGUGUGCUACUGCCUGACUUGGGCAACAAGAAACGGGUUGUGGAUCGACGCCAGUCUGUCAACAGUCCUUCGCUGGGAAGGAAACAGCGACCUGCAAGACGCGUCGUGUCCUUCGAGGAAAUGGAGAGGCGUAUGAUGACUCUCGAAGGAAAGAGCAAACCGGAAAAGAUUGAAGAAAAAGUGACGGAAUCUUAAAUUUGCAGGAAUUUCUCUCUCUCUUUUUGGGCAUAGCGAACCAGACGUUACCAGGAAUAAGUGUGUGUCUCGAACUGCCAUUAUUUUGUAGCUACUUAUGCGGAACAACAAGGUUGUGCGGAAUGAAAUCAUUUACCUUA